AUGGCUGUGGAUUUGAUCAACAGGAUUCAAACAGCGACCAAGCAACUACUCGACAAGGUCUCGCCACGAGAUGCGACAUUUGAAAAUGUCGUCUUGUCGAUGGCCAACACCGAUAAUGAUGUCAAGAGCAAAGUCCAAUUUCUGGCAUUCUUCCAGGCUGUUUCGCCCUCAUUGGAAUUACGCCAAGAAUCCUCGGUCGCUGUGAGUAUGGUCGACACAGCAUACUUGGAGCUUUUUCAGGACGAAAAUUUGUUUGCAUUGGUAGAUGCUGUGUAUGAGAACUGUGAUGCGAGUCAAAUGGAAAUUGAAGACCGAAAGUUUCUCUCAAAAAUUCAUUCGACCUUCAUUGACAAUGGUCUUGGGCUAAAGGGGGAGCACAAAAAGCGGUCUGGCGAGAUUUCUAAGCGACUUGUCGAGCUUCGAGUUGCUUUCACAGGCAAUCUCAGCUUGGAUCCUGGGUAUAUGUGGAAGGACGAAGAGGAUUUAGAGGGGCUUGGUGCCGACAGGAUACAAGCACUUCCUCUGUGUCCCUCAACCGGCCAUAGGGGCGUACCUCUAAAAAAGACCUUCGUGAAUGCAGUCCUCUCCAGCUGUGUUCGGUCUGAAACCCGAAAAGAGGCUUUUCUUCAAAGCCAAGAAAUAUUUCCCGAGAAUAUCAAGAUCUUUAAAGAGAUUGUUACUCUUCGAGAUGAAAGAGCUCGUUUGCUUGGUUUCGAGUCAUAUGCGCAUCAACAAGCCCGGUCUAAAUUGCUGAAAUCUCCCCGGGAAGUUGAAUAUAUGCUAGAAGAACUUUCAAUGCAUUUACUGCCUAUUUCCCAGGCCGAGCUGGAGGCAUUGCAGCACGCUAAAGAUCCACCCGGGAGCCCCUUCUAUCUUUGGGAUUUUGACUAUUAUCACAACAAGAUGUUGCGAGACAAUUACCAGGUAGAUCAUGAUCUGAUUGCGGAGUAUUUUCCUGCCAAAAUCACGAUUCAACAUAUGCUCGGUAUCUUCGAAUCAAUCUUCGGCUUGGAGAUUCAAAAUUUGGAGUGCACUCAAGGUGACGAUAUCUGGCACCCAGAGGUGAAAGUCUGCAGUGUACACGACAGAGAUUCAUCUACCUUUUUUGGCUAUCUAUAUCUAGAUAUAUAUCCUCGUGACGGGAAAUUCAACCACGCGGCAAACUUUAACAUAUUCCCUGUAUGUGGGGUCCUCGCGUGA